CGACCGUUUCUCUUCAGUUACCGAUUGACUCUGUUGUGUCAAUGUUGUUUCCGAGGCAUCUUCUCUGGUGAUGGUGAACUGCGAUGAAUGACUUAACCCGGAAAGUUGAUGCUGCCUCUUUCUCGCCCAAAUCUUCUCCUCGGGGGUCGAGGUCCCCCAUGGCCAACCCCAUGUUGACCAGGAAUGACUCCACUGGCACUCUGAAGAUGACGAUCUCUGCUGGGAAGCAUCCUGCCGUUGUGCACUCUGGUCCAUUUUACCUGAUGAAGGACCCAGCCACAGAAAAUGAGCUGACAGGGGCUACAAACCUGAUGGCUCACUAUAACUUGGAGCAUUCUUACAAUAAAUUUACUGGCAAGAAGGUACGGGAUUCACUGUCAUCUUUCUUGCCAACACUUCCUGGUAUAAUUGAUACUCCAGCCCAGUUUACCAAUUCAUCACUUCGUUCACUAAUAGAGAAGCCACCCAUAAAUAAAGAGUUCACUCUGUUAAAUCACCACCAGCUGGCUGCCUUUCGUCUUCAACCAGGCCCUCUGCCAGAACAGUAUAGGUUCAUGAAUCAGCCACCUGGUCAAAGAAAGCAUAAAAAGCAUAAGAAACACAAGCUUAAGCCAGGGGAAACCCCAACUCAAGAUGGCUCUGCAGAUGGGUCAGACAUCCACGAGAAGAAGCACAAGAAGAAAAAGAAUGAUGAUGAUAAGGAAAGAAAAAAGAAAAAGAAAGAGAAAAAAAAGAAGAAACAAAAGCAUUCCCCAGAAUAUCCCGGGGCUUCGGGAGUUGAUCCCAAUAGAAUUAUGAUUUAAUUUAAAGUGUGCUGUAAUUGAAUGAUUGAAAACUGUGGUUUGAUGCAUAAAUGUUUGCAGGAACAUUAUAUGGUUAUUGUUUUACAAAGUACAUUUAAAGCGCUUGGAAAUAUUUUGUGUAGCAUAUUGCACAGACAAGUGAUAGAGAAGUUGCCCAGUGAUUGGUCUUGGUGCUUGAACUAUUUAUUUGGAAAAUGUGUCAGUUCUUAUUGAAGUGUUGGAAUGUGUAACUUCUAAAUGGUUUACAAUGUAUUUUGUGUAUAUACCAUAUGUAUCUUCUAUUUUUGACAUUGAGAGUAAAAGGAAUAGGAAUUAUGGUAUAUUUAUGGUAAUUUGUAAUUAAUGAGAAAUUAGUAUUUCGUGCUUUCCAGUAGUUAAUGAUUUGCUGUUGCCCAGGAAGUUUGGGUAAUGCAUAAAGAUUUCAUUGCCAUCAGUUUACAGGUAUGUGUUAGAUUAUGGACAAAUUGUAUAAAUGUUGUAUCUUUAGAGAGAUUAGAUUUAAAUCCUUUAGCACAGUUGUAGAGAGGGUACUGGAGUUUUUAGUUAUGUAUGUACGUAUACAUCUUUUUAAUACUUUUCCCCCUUGUUCUACAGUGUUAUCUCCCCCUCCCCACUAUAAAACUACAGAUAAUGACUGGUAUUUUUACCAUUGUCUAUUUUUUAUUUUAUUAUUAAUUUUUUUUUGCUGCAGUGCAGUAAAACAAAUCUAUAUGCGGUAGACCGGUUGCAGGCUACUGAGCAGCUGAUUGCAAUACAAGAGUUCUUUUAUAUGUUUUUGUAGGAGGCCAGUUCUCAAAUUUAGUGUCUUGAUUUGUGGAAUAGUAUCAGUUAUAAUUUACUUUUGCAUUGCACAUCCUUUUUUUUUUUUUUUUCCUUACCAGUGUUUAUUGAACUGGUUAAAAGACAGUUUAUAAAGAUAUUUUGACAUCUUCACACUUUAGUUACCUAUAAGUUUAUAGAAAUAUGUUGACCUCUUGACACUUUCAGUAAUAUCUUAUAGGUAACUGAUUUAAGCUGAUAAAAAGUAGCUGGGAAUUGAUCUCAUUGAUAGAUGUUGGUAAGCAAAAAGGAGUACAGCAAAGGGUACUUAUCAAAAAGGCCUUGAUUUGAAUAUGUGAAUAUCAAGGGUUAAUUGUUAGGAGAUUUCUUUAACAAUAUACUGAAAACUAUGGAAGGUAUAAUAAUACAGGCUUUAGAAUCUGAACUUGAAAAAUCAAUGCUUCGUUGAAACAUGGGUCAAAUUUUACCACAGUUUUUGUAUUUUUUUUUAAUGAGUUAAUUAUAUAACAGCUAGGUGUAAAUUUCCUCCUUUGUUGUGUGAAUAUAAAAAUAUACUUUUGUUUUUCUUGAUGAUGUAAUUUUAUGCUCAACUUAAGUGAUGUGAAUAAACUAAUAAGUCCAACA